CCUGCGCGCUUUGCAGAGACAAAGGCUGCGUUAGCACCGUGAAGGAGCUUCCGUUUUUUCUUUCUUUCUAAGCACGGGACCUCUUAUUUCACAGAUUCUACUCUGAUUCACGGUUGACGAUACAGUACGCAGCGCAAUCCUCUGUGGGUUUACUCAGAUGCAAGCUCUGCUUCACUAAAUUCAGUGGGGCUUACACCCAGGUGCCCUUUGGGGAAGCGGCCGUCCAUUUCACAGAGGAGGAGUGGGCUCUGCCAGAUCCGGACCAAAGAGCCCUGCAUAGCAAAGACAUGGAGGAGAACAGUGGGAAUCCGGUCUCACUGGAGACGUUACAAAUUGUGGAACUUGUGGGAGACAACAGUGUGCUGAAUUUGCCCGUUGAAGAAAUGGAAACUCCAAGUACUAGUCGUGACAAGAGGAAUAAACAAGAAGAGAAGAGUGGUGCUCAGAAGCUUCGGUUGAAGAAAGCAAGGUUAGAGAGGGAGGCUGAGCUACCAAAGAUUACAUCAUUUUUCACAAAGAGUAGCCAAGGCACUUCAUGGGAGGAAGAUAAGGUGACUCAGACUGCAGAAACGGCAACAGUGAAUAUCUGCCAUAGCGCAGAUCCUGCAGAAAGUGAUGAACAAAGUGAACAUGCAGCAGAUCUGAAAGCACAGCAGUUAAUACCUACUGAGCAAACGGAAUUGAUUCAGAUGAGAGGAUGUGAAGGAGAGAUAAGAGAACAUGAUAGCAAGAAGUUUAAUGUGAAUUUGAUCUCCAAAAAAUUUCCUACUGACAAAGGACUCUUCAGUGAACCCCUUAGCUCAGAUGAAAAGUGCUUCAUUAUUUCAAAUGGACCGUGCCAGCCACCAGGUCCAUUUCCACAGCACAGCAAGUCCAACAGACGUUUUUCAAAACAUUUUUAUUCAGCAUUUAGUAAGAGUGGUUUAAAACUGCAGCGGACAUGGCUGUGCUACUCGCCAAUUUUAGACCAAGCCUACUGUCAACCAUGCUGGCUUUUUUCUCAGGACAGAGAGAGAGGAUGGGUGAAAGGAAUUCGUGAUUGGCAUAAUCUGAAAAGGAAAAUAGAAAUCCAUGAAGGUGCUGUUGGCCAUCUGGAAUGUAGCAUUCUUUUGGAUCGCAGGGGGCUGAAAAAAACCGUGUCAGCAGAUGCAGAAGCUGUGAUUAGGAAAGAGGCAAACUUCUGGAGGCAGGUACUUGAUAGAAUUAUCAAUGUUACACUGACCUUGGCUAUGUCUAACCUGGCAUUUAGAGAUCACUGGGACGAUGUGAGUUCAUGUGGACACCAUGGCAACUUUCUCUCCUUCAUCACAUUAACUGCAAAAUAUGAUCCUGUAUUGCAACAGUUGCUAAGUAUUCCAGAGCAACAAGUAAAGUACCUGAGCCCUGAUGUGCAAAAUGAACUGAUUAAUAUACUCUCCCACAGCGUCAAGGAAGGAAUAAUAAAGGAUGUCAACAAAGCUGCAUUUUUCUCUGUCAUCAUAGACACAACACGGGAUGCUAGCAAGACAGAUCAGCUCAGCCAGGUAGUCCGCUUUGUUUCUGUUGAGACCAACGAAAAGGAGGAGCCAGUUGAAAUAAAAAUACAUGAAACAUUCUUGGGGUUUCUGGUGGUGGAAGAUCAGACUGUAUCUGGCUUCACACAGAGUGUUUUGAACAGUAUGGAAAGUAAUAAACUGGACAUCUUAAAACUGCGAGGCCAAGGCUACGAUGGAGCUGCAACCAUGAGUGGCGUCUACAGUGGUGUGCAAGCUAGAAUUCAGGCUCUACAACCAAAGGCAACUUAUGUUCAUUGUGCUGCCCACAACUUGAACCUGGUUAUGAAUGAUGCUGUGUCCAGUGUUCCAGAAGUAAGCAAUUUCUUUGGAGUUGUGGAAAGAAUCUACAUCUUCUUUGCAAAUAACAUCAAGCAAUGGCAUACACUAUCCCUCUUAACAUCUCAAUCAAAAGCCACACUGAAGAAACUUUGUCCGGCCAGAUGGUCUUCACGUCAUGAGGUUCUGAUAGCCCUUCAGGACCACUUCACAGAUAUUCUCAAAGUGCUUGCUGAAAUAAUUAUCCUAUGCAAGAAUAAAGAUGAAAUCUCAGAAGCCAAAGCUCUGAAAUCCAAAAUGGAGCAGUUUCAGUUUGUCUUCCUUGUUGUGUUGCUCCCUAAGAUUUUAGAACCUCUUAAUACUGUUUCAAAGAUGCUACAGUCUCCACAAGCUGACCUCAGCAAAGCAGCAACCUAUCUCCAAAUCAUUCAUGCUGGUUUGCAAGAGAACAAAAAUAAUUAUGACUUCUUCCGCAAAACUGCAGCAAAAAUGUCGGAAAUGUGGGGAAUAUCCCAGGUGUUUGAGGAGCAGCACAUGCAAAAGGAGAAGGGGUUUCAUCAUGAGUUAUUUGAGGAUCAAAGAUUGAUAUCUGCAGAGGACAGAUUUAGAGUGAAUGUGUUCCUCUGUGUACUGGAUAUAGCUUCCUCACAGUUGAAACAACGCUUUGAGGGUCUACAUGAUGUUGUUACUACCUUCAGUGCUCUUCACCCAUCAACACUGACAUCAGCAACUGAUAAGGACUUGCUUGAAGCAGGAGAAGUUUUGGUCAGGAAAUAUGAUACUGACUUGACAGCCUCUCUUCCAAGACACUUGAUACAGUUCAGAAAUUUAUUGAAAAAAGAAAUUUCAAAAAAAACCACCAUAAAGGAAGUUGCUGAACUGCUGAUGAUUGAGAAUAGUUACCUUUGCAUCAGUUACCCUGAUGUCUCUACUGCAUAUAUGCUUUUCCUGACCCUACCUGUAACAUUGGCAUCUUCUGAGAGAUCAUUCUCAAAACUGAAGCUUAUCAAAAACUAUCUGAGGAGUCCUUUAUCUCUGGAAAAUCUCAGUGGCCUUGCUUUACUAUCAAUUGAAAACGAACGAGCAAAGAAAGUGAAUAUUCAAAAGAUCAUAGACGCCUUUGCUUAACUGAAAGCAUGAAAGAGGUCACUGCAUUAAGUUCUGGGUGGUGGUGUGGGAUAUCAUAGUAUAUGGGUGGUGGUGGUGGUGGUGGUGUGUCAUAGUUGGGAUAUGUGCAAUUAUCUCUGACAAUUGUAAAAAAGCUUUUUAAAUUAAAUUCUUUUGAACUUUU